UGGGUAGAAGACCUUUCGACUUUUAAUUCAACCAUGGAAGGGAGUGCAUGUGUAUAAAUACGUUGCAUGUGUAUUAUAGACUAUAUUCAGUGCAAUGAAUACAGAAGUGCGAUGUCCAUUUCCCUACGACCCUACAACUGAAAAAAUCGCGGUUUGUCCGUAUGACAAGUCGCAUAUUAUGUUGGCGCAUCGCUUAGGGCGUCACAUAUUCAAAUCACACAAAGAGUACCGGGGGUUAGAAUUCCCGGUACGACAUGCAACGACAAGGGAACAUCACCAGCAGCAGGAGCAACCCGGUGGAUCAAAAGAAACAAAGGAGCAGCAGGAGUACCCGGGUGGGUGGUCGACGGAGUGGGACGGCGAGGAGUGCACUUCGUAUUUAGAUUUCCUCCGGGAACGGGAAGAAGAACAACGCAAGGAACAGGAACAAUGGGAUGGUCGACUGAAUCGACAUAAAAAGAAGAAGAAACUCCUCGCCAGACCAAUUUUAUAA